AUGGUCGCUUUCAAUGACACGUUAUUCGCCUCAUUCAGAAUAAUCAAAAACAGUCAACCAAUUUCAAAAUACUGUGAAUCGGGUUGCUCAUUUUCGAAUCCGAAUGUGAUUCAUUAUUCUCAAACAAGUUACCUUCUUCCAUUAUUCGUGAUAGUUUUUGAUUUAUUUGUUCAAAUUUUGAAUGUUUUAUUCAUAAUUAGUAGAAAAUAUCUGAAAAAUGGAUCAUUUUUUGCAAUGUUAUUUAUUAUGUCGCUAGUUAUCAUAAUUCGAAGUUUGAUUGUGAUAUUGAGUUAUAUCUCAACAGCAUUUGACUUGGGGUUCAGUGUGAGUUAUGCUAUGUAUGCCGAUUUUUUCUCGAAUUUCUUCUCACUUCCCAUAAUCUUCCUAAUGUCACUGAAUCGAUAUUUAUGUUUUGUUUCGAAUUAUUUCAAUGAAAUGCUCUUUGAGAGGUUUGUGGAGUCAGGUUUUUUGAAAAAUAAUUGAAUUCUCUUGUCAGGAAUAGAUUCGUUAUACCGGUUUUAGUUUCUAUAUCAAUAUCAGGUUUAGCAACCUUUGGAAGUAUCACAAGUUCUCAAAUCAAACGAGCUUUCUAUAAUUAUGUUGGAUUCGUUGACUAUAAUACGGUCCCAGGUUUCAAAACAUCAAUAGCUCGAGUUUUUUAUAUUUUCCCAUUGGGCUCGACGAUUUGUUACAUUCUAUUAUUUCUACAUCUGAAGCAACAAUCAAAAUUAGUUAUGAUGUCUACACGGAAUGUUGAGCAAAAAGUGUUUGCUCAACUUCUGGUCACCGCUAUAUUAUACGGGUUGAUGUCUAUAUUUAUUGAGGCGAUUUUAUUUUUAGACGGUGUUCUAGACAAUUAUCAAGUUGUUUCUCUGAUAUCAAUUCUGAAUAUUAUAAAUUAUCUGCCGGGAAUCUCACUUCCUUUAAUGCUGAUGCUCUCAACUUUCAAAUUUGGAAAGAAACCAAAACAAAUUGCAAUCAAAGAUAUUGCAAAUAGCACUACAGCUUCAAUUUUGAAUAAAUAA